UGCGUCUGCCUUUUGGGGGUUGGCGCAGUGAGGGGAUCUGCCUUACUUUCUGUGAGGAAAGCCGGACCGUGACAGAGGAAAGAGGCCGAGGAGGAGGCCAGGACUGGGCUAGAACUGAAGGAGGACUGAGCCGGGAGGUGAGGGGCUUUACCGGCGGCGGCGGCGGCGGCGGCGGCGGCAGCGGCAUCUCCCGUGAGGCGGUUGGUUGACUAGGCUGCAGCGGCCAUGGCCGUGGGCCUUGGGGACCAUGCCAGCGGGUUCCGCCACAACGAGGUGAUCAGAUUCAUCAACAAUGAAGUCCUCAUGAACGGGGGCGGCCCUGAUUUCUACGUGGCCUUCUGCUCGCGGUCCUGGAAUGAGGUAGAGGAUCGGCUGCGCGUCGUCGUCGCUGACCCACAGGUGCCGUGCGCCAUCAAGAGGGCCUGUGCCUGGAGCGCGCUGGCCUUGAGCGUGCGUGUGGGCGCGAGGCAGCGGGAGCAGCAGGCGUUCCGGGUUCAGUGGCUGCAGGAGCAGGUAGGGGAACGCGAGGCGGCUUCCUGGGCCCUCUGAGCUGCGGCGCCUGCGCGAGGAGCGCGAGGAGUGGUCACGUAGCUGCGCCUCACGCGGGCCGCCUUGCAGCAGGCGCUGAAACAGCGCGAUGUGCUUUGUGGGCGGCUGCUCCUGGUCGAGAGGUCGGCACAGGUCACCCCACUGGCCCAAGAGUUGCUGCCUGGGCCUCGAGCCGAACAACUUGGGGCUGCAGAGUGGCCCAUGAGCGUAGAGCAGCAGAGAGAUGUGGUAGCCAUGGGGGAGCAUGACAGGCUGUAUUUCAAGAGCCAGAUGCCAGCCCCGACAGAUGUCCUUUAUGUGCCGGGACCCCCGAGUCCUUGGGCCCAGGCCGUGCAACCCCCUCUGCCAGUGCCGAUACCAUACCCAUUUCCAUUCCAUGCACCAUUCCUGAUGGGAUUCCCAUUCUUGCCACCUGUACCACCAGCAGUAGCCAUGGAAACAGAAGCUGGAGUCGUCCCAUUUCAGGUGCCUCCUCUGGGCAUCUCUCCACCUGGCCCGUGGGCUGCAGUGGUCUUUCAGGGGGAGAUGGCCCCACUGUGGAACCAGAGGAGCUACAGCCAGGGGGAAGGUCCUGAGAUCCUGCAGGGUACAGUCCCCUUAGGGGAUAUCAGAAGUCUUAACCAGGAAGAAGGUCUAUAGAGGCCCCAGGGGAUGGUCCCUCUUAGGGACAGCUGUGGUCUCAGUCAGGAAGAAGGUCCAGAGAGGUCCGAGGGAAUGAUCCCUCUUGGGGAUAGUUGGAGCCACAGCCAGGAAGAAGGCCUAGAGAGACCCCAGGGGAUGGUCCACUUGAGGGAUAGCUGGAGUCUCAACCAAGAAGCAGGUCCAGAGAGCCCCCAGGGGAUGGUCCCCCUGGGGGCCAAUGGGAGCUACAGCCAGGAAGAAGUUCCCAAAAGAUCCCAGGGGAAUGUUCCCCGGGGGGACAACAGAAGCCAGAGCCAGAAGGGAGACCUAGAGAGGUCCCCGAGGACCAUCCCCCUGGGGAACAGCAGAAGUCACAGGCAAGACGAUCCAGAGAGGCCCCAGGGGACUGGCCCCCUGGGGGUCAGCAGAAGCCAGAGCCGGGAAGGAGGUCCACAAGGGCCUCAGGGGAUGCCCCCACCGCUGUUCAACAGGAGACAUGGCCAGGAAGGAGGUCCAGAGAGGCCUCAGGCAACCGCCCAGGGGGACAGCUGGAGCCCUAGUGGGAGAGAAAACCCAAAGAAACAACAACCUCAGGGGCAGAAGACCAAGCGGCCAGAAGGGAAAAAAGCCUCAGAAUCACACCACCAGGAGAAGUCUGCCUCAGGCUGCAGUUCAGUGAAUUGGGAGUGCCCUUGGUGUAAAGCAAUGAAUUUUCCAUGGCACAAGGCUUGCUAUGAAUGCAAGAAAGUCUGCAUGGCGGUUGAGAGUGGAGGCCCCGACCCAGGACAAACCCACUGAUUUCAGGAAGGUAAGUAAGAAUGGAAACACUCCAAAGAAAAACCAGUUUUCUAAGACCCCCUCCUGAUUAAAAAGUAACUCAUUUACUUCACAGAAAAUUUGUAACUAAAAUUAUGAUAUAGAAAAUUAAAUAAAAUAAUUCAUUGUCCCAUUACCCCAAAUAACAACUUUUUAUCAUUGAGUACACACAUAGAUACAUAUGUAUUUAUAUGCUUUCUUUUUUUUUUUCAUUUACUUGAGCAAAGACGGAUUGCUUUUGAGUAUCACACUCACUCUUUAAGGAAUUUCUCCUAAUGCAUUUAUGUUUGCAGGUGCUGAAUUCUGGGUGGCUGAAGCUGAUUGGUUGACACCCUGCAGAAGCUGAAGUCAAGACUGUUUUUUUGAGGGAGACGCAAGAGGGAAGAGAUAUGGGAACAUAUGUAUAUGUAUAACUGAUUCACUUUGUUAUAAAGCAGAAACUAACACACCAUUGUAAAGCAAUUAUACCCCAAUAAAGAUGUUAAAAAAAUUUUAAAAAAAAAGACUGUUUUUUCCUUUUUCACUCUUUUCUGUUUUCUUAUUAACCUUGUUUUCCAGAAAAUGCCAUGUCUUUGGCUGGGAGCAGCCAUGUGUUUUUGGUUAUAAGCUAUAAGGAAUUUUAGGAGCACUGAUUUUCCUUGAAAAUGCUAUCGUUCCUUUGUAAACUACCGCGGUGUUCAUGUUUGCUUCUUGUUCUCGUUUUCUAAGUUUUAUAGGUGAGGGUCUGUUUUUAUGUCUCUGAGCCCCACGGAAUUUGCUUGUUGCUGAAGAAUCUGAACCUAUCCCAUUAGAAGAUCUUCCAAGAGCCUAAAGAAAAAACUCUUCGUUUCUGACUGACCCACACUCAGUGAGACCCCUACUGACUGGAGCCGAGAAGAGCGAAAAGUCAGGGAAGAAGAGAUGCUUUGGCACUUGGGGGAAAAGGGGGGCAAAAUAAUUUUGUUAGGAUGUAAUUUCUCUGUUGGGACAAAGAAUUAAUUCAUAAGAUGUGGUGGUUGCAGUGUUAAAUUGUAUAGAUGAUAGCAAACGUGACGAAUUUCAUUUAAUUCAUUAAACAGUUAUUGUCUGAUAUGUGUUAGGAGCUGGACUUAUAUGUUAUUAUCUGGUGCACACAUUAUAACCUGAUUUGGUGAGUUUGGUUAGAUAACAGGAGAGAGCCUAAUUUGGGAUACAAGUUAUAUCAGGAGUGACUUCUUUGCCUUGCAUGUAGUGUGACCUUUGGGUAAGCCCAAAUGAAAUAACAUCGAGAUAUUUCUGCAGUUCCGGGGGCAACAAAGAGACUUUAAUGGAAGGACUUGAUUGCCGAACUGCUCAUCUCACUGGUCCCAUGUGAGACAAGUGAGUAGUGGCAAAGAGUGGAAAAGUGGCCUAACAAAAUUGCAGGCAGGACUUUUCUGAUACUCUCCUCAUUUCCUCCCUUGAGAGGGACAGCUAGUUUCCUGGUUGCCUGAAAGACCACUGGGCGACUGUCUUAAAGAAGGACAGUGCUUGGGGGAGUGUUUGAGCCCUCAGCUUCGGGCAGCCACCAUCCCAAGCCCCUUUCUGUUCAGUGGAUGAAGAACAAAAUGGAUUCCAAGGACAGACAUCGUGCUUUGGAUGGCGCUUCUCUUGGGAGGACUAAAUGGAUUAAAACUAGAACUGGACUGGGACGAGCACGCUUGAGAAUGCUCGUGGGCCCUUCUCUUCCACUUGGUGUGUUCUCUGCCAGCUUCUCAGAGGCAAGUGGAGCCCCGGGGCUGGGAAGUCAGAUCAGCCUCCAGUCUGAGCAAAACGUGUCCUCGAGUUCCGCCAGGAGAUUCCAGCUCACCAAGCUCAACCUUUGUCAGAGGUUUCCUGAUUCUAACUAGUAAUAAAGAGU